AUGAUGAUGAUGAUGAUGAUGCCGGAGAGCGCCGCGUACGGGCAGCCCGUGCCUUGUGUCUGCGGCGGAGCGGCCGCCCACGCCGUGCUGGGGAGCCGCCCACGGGUGCACCAGCCACCCCCGGCGCAGCAGCUACCAGCCCCCGUGGUCGUGUGGGUGCCGAUGGGGUGCUGCCCCCAGCCCCCCUGCUGCCCGCCGCCCACAGCGCCGGCGGGGCCACGGGCACCCGACGUGUGGAGCCUGGCGCGCUGCGAGAGCGACGGGUCCCAGGCCUCGGCGACCGACUCCGUGGCCUCUACGGCGGACCUCCGGUGGGAGCCCGUGUGCGGCGGGCGGGCGCCGAGGUGGAGGAGCGCGGCGGGCAGCCGGGCGCUGCAGGCUGCCCUUGGCGAGGCCGCCAGCGACCAGGAGAGGGGUGCGGCUCGCCGAUGA